GAUAAAAAGUUUGAGGUGGAGGCUCGAGCAGAGUUUGGCGAGUAGGAGGGAGGGGGUGAACCGUGCUAACGAUUUACCGAGAGAGGGGAAAAAAAAUGACCGACACAGACGUUCAGGAGGCUCCUCCGUCAGCAGCGGAGACCCAGGAGGACCUGCCGCCGGAGAGGAAAGUAAUCGCUACUCUAGUGCAGGGAACUGUGAAGUGGUUCAACGUACGAAAUGGAUAUGGAUUUAUCAACAGAAAUGACACCAAAGAGGAUGUGUUUGUACACCAGACUGCCAUUAAGAAAAACAACCCUAGGAAAUUCCUCAGAAGUGUGGGAGAUGGGGAAAUUGUGGAGUUUGAUGUAGUUGAGGCAACUAAAGGCUCAGAAGCUGCCAAUGUGACCGGUCCAGGUGGGGUGCCUGUCAAAGGUAGUCGCUAUGCUCCCAACAAGCGCAGAUUCCGCAGACGCUUCUUCCCGCGGAACGCAAGGCCUGGCCAGGUGGAGGGGAAGGCUGGAGAUUCUGGUGCUCUCACAUCUGAGGGAGAAGGCGGAGAAAACGGCACCACUCAGCCAGGGGUACGCCGGCGUCGUCCACGUAGGAGACCUGUUUCACAGCAAGGCGAGGAAGAAUCGGGGGAUCAGAAAAUUGAGAUGGCAGAUGGUGUCCAGCAGAGGCCACCAGCACGUAGGUUCAGACCUCGGUACCGCAGACCAUUCCGUCCACGUCCACCACCUGGAGAGGGUGAGCAGGAAGCCACACCUGCUGAAGGCCAGAAGGAAGCUUCAAAAGAGGGCCAGAGCAAUGGGGAGCCAACUGACGGCCAGGCCCAGAAACCCCGCCGACAGUUCAGCCGCCGGAGACAGAGGAACUCUGACUCCACUGCAUCCAAAGACGGUCAAGAGAAGUCUGAACAAGCAGACCCUGCAUCCCCUGUUCAGUCUUCAAAGCCACCUGAUGCCAAAGCCUCCCCAAAAAGCUCCCCAAAACAGUCCCCAAAAGCAUCUUCUCCAAAAUCAGCUGAGGUUCCUGCUCCCCCUGCGGAGUGACUUCUGUGACCUGGAGGGAAUCGAGUGACCCCGGGAAGAGGUCCCCGGGUGGGUUAGCUUGGGUUGAUGGACCUCGUCUGUCUCAAACACACAACCGACGUGCACACAACUCUUCCCUCCCCCCGCACCUCUUGCCUCUAUGCUUUAGUGUGGGUCAGUCAUUUGUAUUGGGUGGAAGGAUGGAGAAAGAGAGAAGGAAGGGGGAGGAGGGGUGACGAGUAUAUUUGGAAUUUAAAAUCUUUAGGGGGAUUACACACAGAAAAUAUAUAAUUGCUCAAUUCCCAGACUAUUUGAAUAAUCUCCCCCUGUAGUUCAGUGAGAUGGGUGUGAGCAGCUAAAAAAAGAAAACCAGUUUGGCCCUUUAAGUUUGACAAUCAGGGGGAAAAAAAACUAAAUAAAAGUGUAAGUGGGGUGGGGUGUGUAGUGUAUGCCUCCACUUCUUACCAGUGUCUAGAUGAGAAUUGCUACAGGUCUAUUCAAAAUGUACGAACUGGUUAAUUUUUGUUUUUUUUCUUAGUAUUUUUUUUUUCUCUCUUUCCCUUUUUUAUGUGUUUUUGUUCUGUUGGAGGGGGUUAUGUGCAAUGUAAGAAAAGAAAAAAAAAUAUCUAUAAACAUUUGCAAAACACUCA